AUGGGUAACGGAGAAAAACUCAUGAGCCACUGGAGCUUCCAUAUCCCACGUCUCCAUCAUCAUCAUCAUCAUCAUCAUCAACAACAUCAACAACAUCAUCAUGAGGAUGAUCAUGAAAAGGUACCAAAAGGGUGUUUGGCAGUGAAGGUAGGACACGGAGAAGAGCAAGAGAGAUUUGUGAUUCCCGUUUUGUAUUUUAAUCAUCCUUUGUUCGGACAACUCUUGAAAGAAGCUGAAGAUGAGUUUGGAUUCGCUCAAAAAGGGACUAUCACGAUCCCUUGUCACGUCGAAGAGUUUAGAACCAUCUCAUCGUGA